AUGCUUGUGAUCCCCAAAGACCCAGCGCAGAGACGGGUCCGGGAACUUGCCGUGCUGAGCAAGCAGCUGCAGCGGGUUCACCCCAACGUCCUGGCCAAAGUGCUGAAGCAGGGAACCGUGUACCAGAACGAGGAGAUUGUGGUGAUCAACAAACCCUACGGCCUUCCCGUGCACGGCGGCCCCGGGAUCAAGAAUUGUAUUGCUGACGUGCUGCCGAUUUUGGCCAAGAUGUUGGAGAACAUGAAAGCCGAACCCCUCCACCUCUGCCACCGGCUGGACAAAGAGACCACGGGCGUGAUGGUGCUGGCGCGGAGCAAGGAGGUGGCGGACAGGAUCCGGCUUCUCUUCAAAACUCGUCAAGUGGAGAAGAUCUACUGGGCAAUUAGCCUGGGGGACCCGGACCCUGCCGAGGGCAUCGUGGAGAUCCCCAUUGUGGAGAAGGAGGUGCGGAGCCACCAGUCGCACUACAAGAUGACGCUGGCCCCCAACUAUCGCCUGUCUCCGGAGGACGGGAAGGUGGUGAAAAUCCGCAAGAACCGCAACGCCGAAAGCGCCGUGACGCGCUACCGCCGCCUGGCUAGCUCUUCCGCCUGCUCCCUGCUGGAGCUCCAGCCCGUCACGGGAGUGAAGCACCAGAUCCGGGUUCACCUGGCCUACGGGUUGGGGUGUCCCAUCCUGGGGGAUCACAAAUAUUCCCACUGGAGCAAGCUGGCACCCCAGAAGCUGCCUGCGAUCACCUUGAAGAGGCUGAAGCUGGAGCAGAGCAAGGCUCGCCACCUCCCCCUCCACCUCCACGCCUACCGGCUCUCCCUGCCCCUGGGCGAGCGGAUAGACCUCGUCUGCAAGCCCCCCCUCUUCUUCCAAAAGACUCUGAAGAAGCUGGAGCUGGACAUCCCUAAGGACUAA